CUCCAACGUUCCCUCAGAUAUCAGCUUUGGCAUUCACAUCAGAGAACAUGAAGGAGAGCGCCGCAGCAACCGGCGACCGACCUUCAUCAGACUGAAGGUCAGAGCGAGAGCGAGGCUGAGAACCUGAGGGUGAUGAGGGUGAUGAGGGUGAUGAGGGUGAUGAAAGUGAUGAAGGUGACGAGGAUGAUGAAGGUGAUGAGGGCGAUGAGGGUGACGAGGAUGAUGAAGGUGACGAAGGUGAAGAAGGUGAUGAGGGUGAUGAGGGUGACGAAGGUGAUGAGGGUGACGAGGAUGAUGAAGGUGACGAAGGUGAUGAGGGUGAUGAAGGUGAUGAAGGUGACGAGGGUGAUGAAGGUGAUGAGGGUGAUGAAGGUGAUGAGGCGAUGAGGGUGACGAAGGUGAUGAAGGUGAUGAGGGUGACGAAGGUGAUGAAGGUGAUAAGGCAAUGAGGGUGACGAAGGUGAUGAAGGUGACGAGGAUGAUGAAGGUGACGAGGAUGAUGAAGGUGAUGAAGGUGAUGAAGGUGACGAGGAUGAUGAAGGUGAUGAGGGUGAUGAAGGUGACGAGGAUGAUGAAGGUGACGAAAGGUGAAGAAGGUGAUGAGGGUGACGAAGGUGAUGAAGGUGACGAGGAUGAUGAAGGUGAAGGAUGAUGAAGGUGAUGAAGGUGAUGAGGCGAUGAGGGUGACGAAGGUGAUGAAGGUGAUGAGGCGAUGAGGGUGACGAAGGUGAUGAAGGUGACGAGGAUGAUGAAGGUGAAGGAUGAUGAAGGUGAUGAAGGUGAUGAGGGUGAUGAGGGUGAUGAAGGUGACGAGGAUGAUGAAGGUGAUGAGGGUGAUGAAGGUGAUGAAGGUGAUGAAGGUGAUGAAGGUGAUGAGGGUGAUGAAGGUGAUGAGGAUGAUGAAGGUGAUGAGGGUGAUGAGGAUGAUGAAGGUGAAGGAUGAUGAAGGUGAUGAAGGUGACGAGGAUGAUGAAGGUGAUGAAGGUGACAAGGAUGAUGAAGGCGAUGAGGGUUAUGAGGAUGAUGAAGAUGACGAGGAUGAUGAAGGUGAUGAGGGUGAUGAAGGUGAUGAGGGUGAUGAGGGUGAUGAAGGUGAUGAAGGUGAUGAAGGUGAUGAGGAUGAUGAAGGUGAUGAAGGUGAUGAGGGUGAUGAAGGUGAUGAAGGUGAUGAAGGUGAUGAAGGUGAUGAGGAUGAUGAAGGUGAUGAAGGUGAUGAAGGUGAUGAGAUUGAAAACAGCCGGUCAUGAAGUCAGAGGUUUGGAUUUCAGUGAACAUGAGAGCCUGCAGACAGACAGUCCUCCUCCUCCUCCUCAUUAUUAUGUCCUCAUGAGAAGUGAUGAUGAUGAUGAUGAUGAUGAUGAUGAUGAUGAUGAUGAGGACUGUCCAUGAGACUCUGCUCACCCUCUGCACUGAGACGAGCCUGUGGCAUGAAGACAGAAAACACUCGCCGCCUGAGCGUUUCCUUCCUCUUCCUCCUCAGAUGACG